UUCGGCUACGCUCGUUUGACUUGUCUCCAUGAAAAUGAAAUAUUCUCCUUAUCAAAGAUGAAACUCCUGUUUCCACUCCUUUUUGUUCAAAUCUUUCUUUUUCAUAAUCAUAUUAUUUCAUACGAAUAUUGUACGUAUUUUAAUGAUAAAACUCGUGUUAGUCCUGUUUCUUUUGAAUUUUAAUCUGUUUCAUAAUUUCGUCGACAGUCUUGUACUCUAGUUAGACAACUUGGUUUCCGAUCCGAACAUUACCAAAUGGCAAAUAUAAAGAAAAAACAGCUGUGAUGAUACUAGUCUUUCGAAUUCAAUUUGAAGAAAAUGUAAAACUUUAACAGAAGUGACGUUGUUGUACAAACAUUUGGAACUUGGAAGUUUUUCAAAAGAAGAUUGAUAUCACAUCAGUCAAAGUCAAAAUCGAAAAAAUCUUAUCAGAUUUCCAACUGCUCAAGUGCUCACAUAAGGCAUUUAACCCAAAGUAUAUUAUUGAGCAACAAAAAAUUGCAUUCUACAAAAAAUACAAUGAAGAAUACGUAAAAGACAAUAUAAUAUUCGAAUAUUACAAUUAAUUUUUAAUUAAAAUUAAAAAAUCUCAGCAGGAACAGGGAACUUGAAUCAUUACAAAGAAUAAAGUCAAACGAGCGUAACCGAAAGCACUCGACAGCACACGAUGCCGAAAAGUAUCCUUAGUCUCUAGUAAUUAGUCCAUCACUAUACCAUCACCAAUCACCGUGACCACGACCACAUCAUCAAACACCUUUCCCUUCGUCCCUCGUCCAUUCCCCACUUUUCAACCCAACUUUUACGCGGGAAUGUUCAAAGUUUUUUUUAUCAGCUGGUAGCUAGUAAUGGUCUUUUCUCUCAUUAUUAAGUUUAUAUGAGUACUUUUUGAAAUUUCAUGUUUUUUUGACAAUUCAAAACCUUAAAAUUUCGUAUUUAGAAGCUCAUUAUACCAAUAUUGUGUAAUUUUCACUUUAGCUUUUCGAAAUGAGAAAGUGAACCAGUCAUGUCGUUUGCUAUUGAUAAGAAUGCAGAACAUACAAAUUUUCUUCAUUUUUCGCAAAAAUUGAAAUUUCAAGAAGAUUCAACCGAUCACAUUACUUCUCUAGCUAGUAAAAGAUCUCAAGUGUUACUGAAUUACCAUUACUCAUUACAGAAUGACGAUCGAAAUGUUGCUUGUUUUUUGCUGGAUGAUGAUUUGUCCGAAUAUUCUGCGAAAGUUGACGAUAGGUCUUCACUGAAUAAUUAUGCUGCAUACGUGAAAGCUGUGAGCACAAGUGGUUCUGCUCGUCGUGCCUCGUCCGAUUGUAGUAAAUGGACUUGUUCUUUGAAUCCUCAGAAAUAUCGAAAUGUUAUCACGAAUGUACCGCAGUUUUGCACAAGUUAUGCUGAUGAACAGAAUUCAAAUAAAAUCUUUUCCAGUUUGAAGGAUAAAAUUAAAUCAACACCUCAAGAAAUUCCCAAAUGUGGUAGUAAGCCUGUAGUUCCUCAGUUUAUCAACAAAAGUAUCUCAUCGAAUCAACAGAGAGAAAAUUCGUUUAAGAAAACUGUUGAUGAAUCUAGUUCUAGUAACUCUCAUUUCUCAUCGAAGACUUCCAAAGUGAUUAUAAAUAAUGAAAGAAGUGAUCAGAGAAAUUCUGGAGAGUCAGGGUGUGGAUUUGUUACCGCAAAAAAAGAAUUGAAUUUACAAAAUAUGAAAAAAUAUGGAAGUUCGGCCGCUGACUCAAACCAAACAAAAGAAGCUUCAUUGAUCAAAAAAUCAUUAGGAGGACGUCCACGAACUGUGUACAGUAAAUUUGUUCCGCCAAUUAAAAGUGAAGAACCAACAAAAAAUUCCGAAGAUUUUUCAGAAUCGCCAACAUACGAGGAUGAACGGUUAAAGAAUUUAGAUCCUAAAAUGAUAGAACUGAUCAGAAAUGAAAUCAUGUAUAAUGGUAGUCCGAUCACUUGGGAUGAUAUUGCUGGUCUUCAAUUUGCUAAAAUAACGAUCCAAGAAAUUGUAGUGUGGCCUUUGCUCCGUCCUGAUAUUUUUACCGGAUUACGAAGACCUCCUAAAGGAAUACUACUAUUUGGUCCACCAGGAACUGGAAAAACAUUAAUCGGAAAAUGCAUUGCGUCACAAUCAAGCUCUACUUUCUUCAGUAUAAGUGCUUCAUCUUUAACUUCAAAAUGGAUCGGUGAAAGUGAAAAAUUAGUUAGAACAUUAUUUGCGGUGGCAAGAUGCCAUCAACCUGCGGUGAUAUUCAUUGAUGAAAUUGAUUCAUUACUAAGUCAAAGAAACGAAACAGAACACGAGUCUUCUAGAAGAAUUAAAACUGAAUUUCUUGUUCAAUUGGAUGGAGCAACAACUCACGAAGAAGACCGUAUUUUGGUAAUCGGUGCUACUAAUCGUCCUCAAGAAUUAGAUGAAGCUGCGCGAAGACGUCUCGUUAAACGUCUUUAUAUUCCUUUGCCAGAAUUUGAAGCUAGAUGCCAAAUUGUGAAUCGUUUAAUGAGCACAGAAAAGAACGAUCUGACAGAUGAGCAAAUCCACGAGAUCGCUAAUUUAACCGACGGAUAUUCUGGAGCAGAUAUGCAAAAUCUUUGUAAAGAAGCUUCACUUGGGCCAAUUAGAUCCAUCGAUUUCAAGCAAAUUAGUUCUAUCGAAUCACAUCAGGUACGUCCAGUCAAUUUAUCAGAUUUCAUUUCAGCUUUAAAAGUUGUCAGAUCUAGUGUUUCAACUGCUGAUCUUAAUCAGUAUUUAGAAUGGGAUAAAGUAUUCGGAUCACGUGGAAAUUGAGACGCAUUUAUACAUCUCAAUGUCUCGUUACUUACCUAAAAAGCAACAACCGAAUAAAAGAGAACAAGUGAUUUUUUUUUAUUACAAUAUAUACAAUAAUAAUUAUACAUACAAAUAAAACAUAUAAAAUGAUAUUCAUUUUUACAAGUACAUAUCUUUUUACAAUAUUUUUAAAUAAGAAUUCUAUGAGUUUUAUUUUCAAUUGCAAAACUAUUUUUUUUAAUGCUAUUCAAUUAUUAAAAAUUAAAAUUUAAUUUCAUUCCAUUGCAGUCGAUAUCGUUUUAGGUAUUGAGCACUCAGUAAAUUAAUGUAGGUCGGAAAAAAAUCGAUCCUUAAAACUCAAAAAUUUGCUUUCAACUUGAUGUUUGAUUAAAAAUAGUGACAUUUUUAUGAAUUUAUAUGGAAAAAAUUAUAAAAAUUUCACGAAACAUUAACCGUUGAGGUAGAAGGAACAAUUAUAAAAGAAUUAGAGCAAUUAUCAUUAAUAUAACACACAUUCUUCGAAUAAAUAGGAUAAUUAUUUAUGAGAUGUGGAUAUUCGUCGAUUUCUGCGUAAAUAUUAUCCGUACUGUUUCCAUUUUUAGACCUGAGUGCAUCCGCAGCGACGGAAUACGAAUCGUUUAUUUUGACUGUAACUUGUGUUUUGUAAAUUGGUUGAUCAGGCGAAACUU